UGCGCGAGGCGGCGGCGCGUGGCAGCGGCGGUGGCGGCGGCUCCGCUCCCGCUCGCGGGCUCCGAGGGGCGAGCACAGGCGGCGCCGAGCCCGGCCCGGCCCGGCCCGGCCAUGACCGACUUCAAGCUGGGGAUCGUGCGGCUCGGCCGGGUGGCCGGCAAGACCAAGUACACGCUGAUCGACGAGCAGGACAUCCCGCUGGUGGAGAGCUACUCCUUCGAGGCUCGGAUGGAAGUAGAUGCUGAUGGAAAUGGUGCUAAAAUAUUUGCUUAUGCAUUUGACAAAAAUCGUGGAAGGGGGUCUGGCCGCCUGCUACAUGAGCUGCUUUGGGAGAGACACAGGGGAGGGAUUGCUCCGGGAUUUCAGGUGGUACAUCUGAAUUCAGUGACAGUGGACAACCGCCUAGACAAUCUGCGCCUUGUUCCUUGGGGAUGGAAACCCAAAGCUGAAGAAGUCUCCAGUAAACAAAGGGAACAAAGUCUGUACUGGCUGGCAAUCCAACAGCUUCCUACAGAUCCUAUAGAAGAGCAGUUUCCUGUACUGAAUGUAACACGCUAUUACAACGCUAAUGGGGAUGUUGUGGAGGAGGAAGAGAACUCAUGCACAUAUUAUGAAUGUCACUACCCCCCAUGCACAAUGAUUGAAAAACAGUUACGUGAAUUCAACAUAUGUGGUCGAUGCCAGGUAGCGAGGUACUGUGGGUCACAGUGCCAGCAAAAAGACUGGCCUGCUCACAAGAAACACUGUCGGGAGAAGAAACGGACCUUCCAGCAAGAGCUUGGACCAGAACGAUGACCGGGUGGCACAGGCCUCUUAGCAGCAGGAUUCCUUCUCAAAGGCAUUGGACUCUUGCUUUUGCACAGUAAUGACAGACUGCUUAUUGAAGCCAGAGGCACUGAAGAAGAAAAACCCUGUGAUGCUUGAGCACAACAGCUGACUGGACUGAGCCAGCUCUGACUGGUGCUGUGGAAAGGGAUUGGGUCUACCCUUCCAGUAUUAUAUUCUCAAGCAAAAAGACUACUGUAGAGGCUCCAGGCAGGAAGCUUCUCAUUAUUUAUAUGUUAAUACGUUUGUAAACUCAUGUACAGUUUUUGUUAGAAAUUCUUGAUAGGACUCAUUAACUGUAAUGUUCAGAUGAGAACACAUUGCUGGCCUGAAAGUUUUAAAAGAAGUCCCACAAAAACCUGUCAUGUAGCAAAAGCUUUUCCUCCCAUGUGGCUAAAAGUAUCUGUGGCUGUGCCAAGGCCAGGAGGCAGGCUCCAACAUCAGCAGUUGCUCUGGAGAACUCUGCAUGGAAGUUAUAUUAAAAAAAAAAAAAAAAAAAGCAAAGUAAAGAUUGGAAUGAAUCAUUGUCUGCUCUGUAGUUUUCUCCCAUUCCCUUCCAGCUGCUUUCAGAGCACAGUCACACUUGGCUGUUGGAAAUACCUAGUCAGUAGGAACCAGUGUACCAGAAACUGGAACAGUGUAAGGGGCCAUCUGGGAUCUGUGCAUGUAGUCAAGCUACUGUGUCACUUCCUUCAGAGAAGGGCUGCUAGACAUCAUGCUUUAAGCAACUAGUAUUUUUAGAAAACAGAAUUGGCUUUCUUGCUAUGAAACCUUUGUAUAUGAGGUAGUUUUAGGGAAGCUCAGGUAGUAGACAGUGGAUGUGGUUGCCUUCAAGGCUUCCCUGUAAGCACAGAAAAUACUGCAGUGAUAUGCAGAUACGUUUGAGUGAUCUAAUAUUUCAUAAUUUGGGUUAUUUAUUCAUUUAAAGAAAUAUCAAUCUGAAUCAUUUUCUGAAACAUUUUUAUAAGUAUAAAGUAAAACAAUAUGGGAGGAGAAUUUGGCUUGCAGACCGCAAGCCUGCUUUUCUUUUCAGACAGUGAAUUAUCUGAAAAGGUGUUUUGUUUUGUUUUUUUUUUCUUACCCUUAGAAAUGUAAGGAGUAUCAAUUGAGUUUCCCGAAGAACUAAAUGGAUAAUUUAGUAGUAGGUGUUAGUCUCACUUCACAGUAGCAAAAUGUGAAAUGCUGAAUGCUUAAUGCAGCCUUUUUCUGAAUGCUUAGUGAAAUAGGUGCUUACAAAUUUUUGUAAAAGCUGUAACAAAUUCAUUUUCAAUCACAGUUCACUUUGCCACUUCAUGUUGCAAUGUUGGUCUUGCUUGUAUUCAGCUUGUUAGAAAAUCACUGUCCUGGACUUCCAGUGUUAUAUGAUGUUUCUAAUAUCUGCCCAGGAAAUUCUUACUUAUUAGUGUAGUGGACACUUUACAUGGCUUUUUGUAGUUUGGCUUUAAACCUCUUAGGAAAUUAGAAAGAACUUCAGAAGCUCCAUGCGGGAAGUUCUCUUGGUAGGCACAUAGUAAAAUUAAGGCUCUUAAUACAUAGUGACACUAACUUUUCUGUUCAGGCAGCCUAAUACAUCCUUAAGUAUGAAGAAGCCAAGCAGGACCUAAUCAAAUUUUCCUAUACUUGGUGAUUUUUAAAAGAAACAUUCAAUUUAGUUGCUUUAAAUGAACUGUAGAGUUUUUUGAUGAAGGCAAAAUGGGGUGUAAGGUAUACUUGUAUUCAAGGUAAUCUAUUUAAAAGGGCAUAAAUAUUGACUCCUCUACUUGUCUUUUUAAAAAGCUGGUAUUUGUCAUGCCAGUUUUCCUGUACAUGUACUACCAGUAAUCAUUGUUACCAAAUGGAGUCUUAGUGAGUUUAAACACCUCUGCAGCACUGAGCAGGAGAAAUGGUCUUGGAUAGUCCUAAUGUUUGUAAUGUUGCUGCAAGGAGAAACAAAAUGCAAGGAAAGGCAGACUGCAGCUGAGGUCCUGAUGGGAAGAUUUCUCCUGAGCAUCAAAUGAAGGGAAUGAAGGAAAGGUGAUGCUCAUGCUAAAAGGUCUGCAAAAAAGGGUGAUGGGCGCUUAAGGUAAUCCUGAUCCUAGUGAAUGGGAGAGGAAGGGCAAUGGGAGGAGGGGAUGAAGGAAGUAGAAAGUGAUAAGACACCACUUAGGUUAGGGGUUUUAUUAGAACUAUGAACAGAAUGGAAAGUAAGAAGUUGCCAGAACCAAACUGUAUUGCUCAGGCAUCCUGAAAGGAUUUGAGGAUGAAAUAACACAGGUACUAACUUUGUGUAACCUUUGACUCAAGUGCUGGAGAAGAGAAGUGGGUAAGGGGACUCUGACCUUUGAAAAGUCCCAUGACACUGUAGUAAGCAUCUUGCUGUCUUAAGGACAUUUUUCUACUAAUUAGUGCAAGAUGUUAUGUGAUCAGUGAUUCUGGCAGAAGAGUUCUUUAGAGAGGAGACUUUCUCCUUUUUGUAACGGGUGUCAAACUUCUUUGAUUCAUUGGAGUUCCUUAAAGGUACCAGUUACGCAUGAACAUGGCAGCCCUGCUGAUGCAGCCUGAAUAGUUUUUCAGAAGACUCAAAAAGGUCCCUCGUAAAUACCCCUGGAGAAAGUAGGUUGAUGUGGAUAUCUUCAUAUGGACAAGUAAAUAAAAAGCACAGUCAGAAUGCAUUACUCUCAGAUUAGGGGAUAUGGGGACUGUGCAGGGUUUUAACAUACUGGUAAAGGAGCUAGAAAAGAGUGAUGAGUUAAGUGGCAAAAGUAAAUUAUUUAAGUCUAGUAUUGGUGAGGAAAAAUGAAGAGAAAAGGGAAGACUUGCAAAUGAUUUUGAUCCUGAAUGACUGGGUGACAAUGCUGGAUGAAUUUCAAUGCAAAUAAAGGUAAAACUAUGCAUGGGUUGGAGCUGGGAGGAGGAAGCUAAAAAACCCAAACUAUGCCUGCCUUGAUGGUCUCUGAGUAUGCUAUUACCAUUUAGUUAGAAACAAGAUCCUUUGACAUAAAUUAACAGCAAUCAAAUUAUCAACAAUUAUCAACAGUCAAAAAAAGGAAUUCCGGGUUAGGAAUUACUUGGAAAGAAAUAGCUGGGAAAGGACAAAACAGACUGUCAAACUGUAGCAUUAAAGUGCCUGAUGCACCUGUUUCUUCA